UUCUUCUCAUUUUUUGUAUCGUUGUUGCUGAUAUCAGUUAUAGUUUGAACACAGAAGGAAGGACAAUGGUUUAUUUAACGACGCUCUCAACACAUUUCAUUUACUGUUAUAUGGCGUCGGACUGAACACAGACGAAGCUUCUGCCGCUAUUACAUGGUUGUUUAGAUGCCUGUUUGUAACUGUCAGUAAGGCCGCUAAGCCAUGGACCAGACAUAUAAGCACGUAAAAAAUGAAAGUAUAACAAAAGGGCAACACUGGUGCAAGUUACUGGAGUACUAACGAUAAGCCAAACCAAGGACAGUGGAUGCAAAGAACAGUUUUAUUCCCAUUUUGGACCUGGAAGGUUUUCUCCUUCGUAUUGCAAUGGAACUGACAGAUGUAACACCAUUCUUUAACACGACAGUUUCACCACUUCCAACAAACGACAACACAACAGAACGCUUUAUAAAUAUUCCUGCAGCAGUUUAUGGAUCUAUUUUGUCAGUUAUUGGUACCACAGGAAAUACAGCAGUUCUUUAUGUGUAUAUCUUUAAAUUCAAGCCGAACCCAUUCAACAUUUUCAUAACUUUUCUAGCAGCAUGCGACAUUCUGAGCUGUGCCGUCCUAAUGCCACUAGAUGUCGUAAAUGUUCUUCUUCCAGUGAGCUUCUCGGGAUGCAGCCCCUUGGUGUUUAUAGCUACAGCCACUGCACUAGCUACUAGUUUCAUUCUUGUGGCUAUCGCUGCUCUCAGAUACAAGGGCAUCUGUAAGCCAUUGGAGCCAAAUAUUUCGGUCGUCCAAGCAAAGCGUAUAUGUCUCAUAUGUUCGACAAUCGCGGUAAGCAUAUCUUGGCCGGCUGCUGUCAUGGUAACCAAGAUACCAGACGAACUGGAGGCAGGAACGUUUGUCAUGAAUUGUGCUACUGAACGUCGUUUCCAGGACACUGUCUACCCUUUGCUGUUUUAUGGGUUUAUGUUUCUUUUAUUUGUCUCUGUUUUCGUAACGCUGGUCGCACUGUACGGAGUCAUAGGCAGACGACUCCAUUUGAGGAUGAAAUAUGGUCCCUCACAAGAUUAUGGAACUAAUGGACAAAAUCUUUAUAUUUGCCAAGAAGGUUCGCAGAAUGCUUCCAAAAACGCCACUGACAAAGGAGAAACCCAAAACGUCCGUACUACGUCGUGUUCUUCAAAGCCAGGUGUAGAGAGUUAUGUUAUGAAAGAGAAAUACGAAGUAAAUUCUCAAAACAAUCUGGCGUUUUCUGUAGAAUCAGAGAUGCACUGUGAACCUCGAGGGAAAAUGGUCGAACCUGGCCACGGAAGUGGCAGUGACAGCAGCAGUAGCAGCACCGUGUUAAACCACAGCAGUUCGAACCUCGUACCAAUCAAGAAUAAACCAAGACGAUCUUCCAUCAGCAAAACGACAUUUAAAGUUCUUUUUAUCGUGACGAUCACGUUUCUCGUUAGCUAUUUACCACACCUGAGUUUGAUGCUUUACGAAUCGGUCGGUUCGGAUUUGGAUGUCACUGCUCUUGGGGAAAGUUUUGUUGGCAUUUUUAUUAGAUCCUAUUUGAUAAGCUGUGUAGCCAAUCCAAUCAUAUAUGGAUGUUGCAACAGAAAAUUCCGCCAUGAAACAAACGAAAUAUUACAAAAAGUAAGAAAAGGAUGUGCGUAUGGUUUCAAGUAAAGGUCAACUUGGUAACUGCAAUCAGCACGUUACAUGAGAUGCGCGGUGGAAACAAUUACUGGUUUUGCUGCUGAAUACGGUGAUUUAAUUUGUAAAUCUGAGCGUACGAGAUGUGUGGUGGAUAUUCGAGCAAAAUUAGCUGGCCUGAAACAUUUUCACCAAGUAUUUCCAUCAUUCAUUACCCACAAUAUUAGUUGUAACCCAUGUAAAGAUGCAUAGUGAUUCGUUUGGAACCCUAUAUGGCAGUUUGGCAGUAAUGUUAAACUUAAUAGAAACUCAGGAUAGGGUCUACCACAUUCUGUUAUCCAGAUUCGGGCAUUGUCGUUUAAUUCAGGACAAAAAUCACCCUGCCUACCUUGGGAGCCCGUACACCUAUAAACGACAAAACAAUUAAUAUUUUCAAAAUCGUAUCUCCUGAGUCGAAAGGACGUUUUGGCAAUAUAACGACUGCUCUGUUUUUGUCAGGUGGUUCGCCAUCAGGAGGAUUUCCACUUUUCAGAAUGGUACAUCCUUAUUUCGUUUGUAGGAGAAUUGCCACACCUAGACUGGCCAGAUAAAUGUGUACAAGACAGAGUUUGUUGGAAAUGUAUCAAAUAUGUUAACACACACUUGGUGGAUCUGUGUCUAAACAGUGAAAAUAUUAGGUGUAAAGUGAUAGCAGCUACAAGAAAAAUUAUACAGGUGUAAGUUUUACACUGCAUGCUUGACUUAACAUUUACAGGCCCGUUAGAACGGUAUCGUAAGUGAGAAGAGGUGGGGGUGGGGGGUGGGGGGGGUGGGGGGUACAUGCCGUAGAACAUGCUGUAAUGAGCUUGUGAGCACAAGUUUAUUUCCAAGUUACAUAAUAUAUAUUAUAUACAUGAAUAGAAAAUCCUGUGUUGCUGGCACCUCUCCUUUAAAGUAGCAAGGGGGCUUGAGAUAAUAUAUUUUAAAAAGAAAAAGUCAGAAGCCUCCUUUAAAAGUCAUAUAUCCCUCUUUAAUUCAAAUGUUCGCCUGUUCAGGCUUCAUCAAGGAAAUUUUAAAACUAAGCUAAAAGAAGUCAAACCAUACUGCAUGAAAACAUGUUUUUUGUAGCCUAGUUUAAUAUGGCCCAUAGGAACGGUCUUUAAGGGAGGGACACAACCUACUUAGGGUGGGGAGGGCAUGCUUCCCCGUUAUAUUUCUAUCUUUAAACGAUUACUUUAUUUAGAUGUCCCCUGAUCACAUUCACCCCAUCCCGAGUUUAUAUUGGCCUGCCUAGCUUACGACUGCUUUUAACAUUGUACAUAUUUCAAAAGAUAUAAUCAGUACAUGCAACCGAAAGGAAUUUACAGCGAACAGCAAUAUCAUAAAACCAGUGUUAUCUCCAAAUAAGCGGACGCAGUUAUUUUAAUUGUAUGUUUAUUUAGGUCAGAAAGGAUAUGUUAUCCUAUAUACUUGAGCUAUAGAGUCGCAAAUGAACUGUUUUAAAGGUGCAGUGUCACAGUUAGAAGUGUCAUUUUUCGCUAGUUUUAUACUUUUAUGUGUGAUCAAUAACUACAAACUAACCGAUCACAUGAAUGCGGUUUACAUAAUUUAAAUAACUCGGGAAUAUCGAAGUUGUAAUGAGCUUGAGCGUGGUUUAAACAGCUCUGGUUGCGUUCAGUACGACCAGAUACCUAUAUCUUACAACAUUCAAACAGGUCUUAUGAAAUUGGCGAAUCCACAAUAUAUAUAGCACGUUGACAGUCGGCAGCUACAUAGGGUCGACAGAUGAGUUCGCAUCAGUUGAACACGCCCAGUUUUGGUCCUCUAAAGAUUUCCAAAUAAGUUUUUCUUAGUAGUAAAUUAAAUUAUUUGGUUAUAGUUUUUAUAGACCUAUAGUUCAAAAUAAAAUGUUUAUUUGAAAGCAAAUAAAAAAAUUAAAAAAUAAUAUAUUUUUUUAUAAGCCGCCAAUUCGCAACUUUGGUAUAAGGCUUAAUUU